AUGGCUCAUAUUAAUGAAGAGAAUGUCAGCAAAUUAAUUCCAACGCUUGGCGAUGAAAAAAUCGAUAUGAUUGCUGCUACAAGUGUUUUACAAAUCCGAGCGAGUGAGAUUCGUCAAAGCCAGAUUAACUGGCAAUCUUACUUGCAAUCACAGAUGAUAACACAGCGUGACCACGACUUCAUUGUGAACUUAGAUCAACGCGGACAGAAAGAUUUGCCAGACAAAAACCCUGAUAACUGUGCUGAUGUAUUCCUUAACUUGCUUACCCACAUUAGCAAAGAUAACACUAUUCAGUAUGUUCUUGUAUUGAUUGAUGACAUUCUUUCUGAAGACAAAUCGCGUGUGAAAAUAUUCCGUAAUGCCAAACAUGGUAAUGUUUGGCAGCCAUUCCUGAACUUGCUUAAUCGUCAGGAUGAGUUUGUUCAGCAUAUGACUGCUCGUAUUAUCGCCAAAUUAGCAUGCUGGCAUCCACAACUCAUGGAGAAGAGUGAUUUGCAUUUUUACCUAUCCUGGUUGAAGGAUCAACUUAAGAUGAAUAACAACGACUACAUCCAGUCGGUGGCGCGCUGCCUGCAAAUGAUGCUGCGUGUCGACGAGUACCGCUUUGCAUUCCUGUCCGUCGAUGGCAUUUCUACUCUACUGUCUAUUCUCGCUUCGAGGGUUAACUUCCAGGUCCAAUACCAGCUAGUGUUCUGUCUGUGGGUGCUGACAUUCAAUCCGUUGCUCGCUGAGAAGAUGAACAAGUUCAACGCCAUUCCCAUCCUAGCUGAUAUUCUGAGCGACUCUGUAAAGGAGAAGGUCACUCGCAUCGUGCUAGCCGUCUUCCGCAACCUAAUCGAGAAACCUGAAGACCAACAGGUUGCAAAAGAGCACUGCAUCGCCAUGGUCCAAUGCAAGGUGUUGAAGCAGCUCUCCAUCUUAGAACAAAAGCGCUCCGACGACGAAGAUAUCAUGAACGACGUGGACUUCCUCAACGAACGCCUGCAAGCCUCCGUGCAGGACCUCAGCUCGUUCGACCAGUACGCCACUGAGGUUAAGAGUGGACGGCUGGAGUGGUCGCCCGUGCACAAGUCGGCCAAGUUCUGGCGCGAGAACGCGGCGCGCCUCAACGAGCGCGGGCAGGAGCUGCUGCGCACGCUCGUGCACCUGCUGGAGCGCAGCCGCGACCCCGUCGUGCUCGCCGUGGCCUGCUACGACGUGGGCGAGUACGUGCGCCACUACCCGCGCGGCAAGCACAUUAUUGAACAACUCGGUGGUAAGCAGCGCGUGAUGUAUCUGCUCAGCCACGAAGACCCCAAUGUACGUUACGAGGCUCUGCUCGCAGUACAGAAACUUAUGGUUCACAACUGGGAGUAUCUUGGCAAACAAUUGGAAAAGGAAAUUGACAAGCAAGGUGGCACUGCUGUCGGCGCUAAAGCC